AUGAAUUAUUUGUCCAUUAAUCUAAGGGGGAUACGGGAUUCCAAAAAGGCGGAUUGGGUCAGGGGAUUAAAAACAACGCACGGAGCGCAUUUCAUCGCGAUUCAAGAAACAAAAGUGCCAGGUAAUAUAACUUAUAUGGUAAAUCGAUUCUGGGGAAGAUCGUUAUUUGAGUUUGUAGCAGUAGAAUCAACGGGAAGGUCGGGGGGUCUACUUACCAUCUGGGAUCCAUCGAUUUUCGUAAAAUCCGGGGUGGUAAAAAACAGGAAUUUCUUGGCGGUGUUUGGGAAUAUGUUAAGCUCAGGGGAACCAAUAGCUGUAGUGAAUGUAUACGCUCAAAACGAUCCCGGUGAUAGACGCAUUCUAUGGGCUGACUUGAUCCAGUUAAAAAAUACAUUUAGUGGGUUGUGGGUAUUCUUAGGAGACUUUAAUGACGUUAGAUGCCAAGAAGAACGUCUAAACUCAGAAUUCCUAGCUUUGAAUGCAUUACACUUCAAUCAAUUUAUAGCAGAGGCGGAUUUAGUAGAGUAUCAAAUGGGGGGCAGACAAUACACCUACAGGUCGGAUAACGGAACUAAGAUGAGCAAAUUAGAUAGAUUCCUGGUGUGUAGGGAUUUUAUGGGGAAAUGGCCUUUGGCGUCAUGUAUGGCACUGUCUAACAUGGCCUCAGACCAUUGUCCUAUUUUGUUGUCUACGGUCCAAACCGAUUACGGGAAGAUUCCAUCAAGAAUGUUCAACUCAUGGUUUGAGAUUCCGGGGGUUGUGGAUCACGUCUUACACUUAAUGGGGUCGUUUUAUUUUGAAGGCUCACCGGAUUUGGCUUUAGAUGUAAAACUGAAGUGGGUCAAGAGAAGGUUAAAGGAAUGGAUUGGAGCUAGGAAAGCGGAAAUGGAUAAUUCAUACACUUUAAAGCUAAAAAGGUUAGAAAGUCUAGAAAUUGCGGUGGAACAAAGGAGUUUGGAACAAAACGAACUAGAGGAGAGGGUAAGUUGUAAGUCGUAUAUUCAAGAGGCGGACAGAUUAAAAGCUAUGGAUCUAAAGCAAAAGGCAAGGGUUAAGUGGACAAAAGAAGGAGACGAAAACACAAAAUACUUUCACGGGGUGAUAAACGCAAACACCAGCAAUAACAGGAUUCACGGCUUAUAUAUUGAAGGGGUAUGGGUUUCGGAUCCACCAUUGGUAAAAGAUCACAUAUUCUCUUACUUCGCGGAUAAGUUUGCUGAACCAGUGAAUACUAGGCCAAUGUUGUCGUGCUCGUUCUUAACCCAAGUGACAGCCGAGGAAGCCGAACUUCUGUUAAAUAAUGGUUGUAUGUCCUCUUUUCUAGCCCUUAUUCCAAAACGAACGGAUCCAGGUGGACUCCACGAAUACCGACCGAUCAGUCUAAUAGGGUGCAUCAACAAAGUGGUGUCCAAGGUACUAGUAAACAGGUUGAAGACGGUGAUUCAUAAACUAGUAUCGGAGGAACAAACGGGGUUUUUAGCGGGAAGAAGUAUUCUUGACGGAGUGAUUAUCUUAAAUGAGAUUAUACCUUGGCUUAAAAGAAAGAAAAAGGAAGGAAUGAUUUUCAAAGUCGACAUCGAAAAAGCUUAUGAUUCUCUAAGUUGGGAUUUUCUUAAUUCCAUACUUGGGCAAAUGAAUUUUCCGGUGAGAGCGUCGGUCCUCGUAAACGGAUCCCCAACACAGGAAUUUAAUUGCUCGAGGGGACUUAGGCAAGGAGAUCCUUUGUCACCUUUCCUAUUCGUCCUAGCGAUCGAGGCCCUUACAGGAGUAAUGAAGCAGGCCUGUGAGAUUGGGGAGUUUAAAGGCCUAGAUUUGUCACAAAAUGGGGCUCCGAUAUCCCACUUCUUAUACGCCGAUGACGUAAUAUUCGUGGGUGAAUGGAGUUUCAAUAAUUUGGUAGUCUUGAAACGCUUGCUUAGAUGUUUCUAUUUAAGCUCAGGCUUAAAAGUGAAUCUGAAAAAGAGUAGUCUUUUUGGGAUUGGUUUGGAAGACAAUCAGGCUCAAUUAUUGGCAAAUAUGAUGGGGUGUACAAGAGGGUCGCUCCCUUUUAAACAUUUGGGAUUACAAGUAGGAGCCAAUAUGAACCUAAUAAAAAAUUGGGACCCAGUGGUGGAAAUAUUUCAAAGAAGGUUAUCGCUUUGGAAGGCCAAAACACUUUCAUUUGGUGGUCGUAUUACCCUGGUAUGCUCCGUUCUUAAUGCCUUACCUACAUAUUACUUUUCCUUGUAUAAGGCUCCAAUGGGGGUAAUAAAAAAGUUGGAAAAGAUACGUAGAGAGUUCUUGUGGGGAUCAAUUGAAGAAAAAGAAAAAAUGAAAUGGGUGGCUUGGAAAAAUAUGAUGACACCAAAAGACUUGGGAGGUAUGGGGCUCGGAUCACUUAGAGUAAUGAACCUAGCAAUGCUCUCAAAGUGGUGGUGGAGGUUUAAGAUAGAGAAGCAUAGCCUAUGGAGGAAAGUUGUGUGGGAGAUUCAUAAGAAUGCAAGAGAUUGGAAGUUUAUUCCACUAAAAUCAUCAAUAACGAGCCCGUGGAAACAAAUUUUCAGCAUUAAAGAGGAUUUCAACACUGCUGGGGUAUGUCUGGAGUCUUUGUUUCGAGGUAGACCGAGAUGUGAUAGUGACAUUUAUUUCUGGAAAGAAAGGUGGCUAUUUGAGAUUCCAUUGUGCGAAAAAUUUCUGUCUCUAUUUCAGCUUGAAAGACAAAAGAACGCUCGUGUAAAGGAUCGUGUAAUAAAUGGGAGUUCCGGACCGGUGCCGGUCUUCUCUUGGUCCCGUUCUCCGUCGUCUACAGAAGAAAUACUUGAGCUGGAUUCCUUGUCUGAUGCUUUGACUUGUUUUCUGUUUGAGCAUAAUUCGGAUACGUGGACCUGGGCGUUAGAUAGCUCGGGAUUAUUCACUGUUGGCAGUGUAAAGGAUUGCCUCCAGAAGAGGUUGUUCUCGGAUCUGCAUGUGGAAUAUGAGUGGAACAAUUGGUGCCCGAAAAAGGUAAACUUUCUGAUUUGGAGGCUAAUACAAGACAGAAUACCGACGUGUACGGCCUUGGCGAGACGGAACAUCCUACUCCAAGACGAUAUCUGUAAGAUGUGUGGCGAAGUGGUUGAAUCGGCUUUUCAUCUUUUCGCAUCAUGCAGAAUCGCGGAACAAGUGUGGGAGUUCGUAGCUCGAUGGUGUCGAAUCCAACAGGUCUACGCGUUAGAGCUAAAGGAUUUGGCGAAUAUACACAAAAAUAAUAAUGGUUCUCAAAGGUGGAAGAAAGUCGUAAGCAUGGUGACCAAAGCUGCCAUUUGGGUUAUUUGGAGGAGCCGAAACGAGGCGGUGUUUCAAGGGAAACAGCCAUGUGUGAACAUGAUGAAAGAAGAAAUGAAGAUGGUUGGAUACAUGUGGUUAAAAAGUAGGGCUAAGAACGUUAAUAUCUCAUGGGGUGAGUGGUGUAAUUUCGAUUUAAUUAACAUUGGUGUAUAA